AAUAAUGGGGUCAGGAGAGACACACAUAAGCACUAUUCAUUCAUUCUUUUAUUCAUUCUAUUCCUGUUAGUAAUUUGUGAGGGAGUAGAUUGUGGGCUUGUGGAAAAGGUCACUAGCAUUUGAAUUAAGGAUAAAAAAGGACCAGGAGGAAACCUCUUUGUUUCCAUUACGUAAUCCCUCCGGCUUUAGCAAAAGAGAAUAUACGCUUGCGCACCGCGCAGCCCGGAACCAAAGCUCCCCGGUCCAAUAGUUCCACGCUUUUCGAAUUCCCCGGAAUCCAAUAGCCGCGGAAUGAAGCCAAUGGCGGCGCCCAUCUUGUCGGUGGCGGAGGCGGAAACCGAUGAAGAAGCGGUGACAGUUGAACCAGGAUUCUUGGAACCUGGAGCCGCUCCGUACGGAAAUUUUCCCUUUUACUCCCGUUUCCACCCGCCCGAGCAGCGGCUUCGCCUUCUGCCCCCGGAGCUGUUGCAGCGGCUCUUUCCUCCAGAGGGCUCCGAUCCUCGGCCGCUGCUGGGGCUUGAUGUGGGCUGUAACUCCGGGGAGCUGAGUAUUGCUCUAUACAGACACCUCCUCUCACUUCAAGAGGGAGAGAUCUGUUCAGUUUCCGCUAGAGACCUCCGAUUCCUUUGCUGUGACAUUGAUCCUGCCCUGGUGGAUCGGGCUAAGAAAGACUGUCCCUUUCCUGCAGCCAUGUCCUUUGUUACCUUGGACUUCAUGGAUUCCCAGACCCGGGAGCCCCUUUUGAGUUCCUUCCUGAACCAAUUUGGCCAAUCAGCCUUUGAUAUAGCCUUCUGUAUGUCCAUCACCAUGUGGAUCCAUCUGAACCAUGGAGACAAUGGCCUACUUGCAUUCCUGGCCCACCUUGCCUCUCUCUGCCGCUACCUCUUGGUUGAACCACAGCCUUGGAAAUGUUACCGGGCAGCUGCCAGGCGGCUUAGAAAACUAGGCCGCCAUAACUUUGACCAUUUUCGUUCUCUUGCUCUUCGCGGUGACAUGGCUGACCGUAUCAUUCAGAUUCUCACCAAAGACCAUGGCAUGGAGCUGGUGUGCUGCUUUGGUAGCACUAGCUGGGACCGAAAUCUCUUGCUCUUCAGAGCAAACCAGCCAUCAGAGCCUACACCAUCCCACUAACCAAGAUGAAACAUGAUGAACAGAAUAGAUAAAUAGAUGUCUUUGAAGCAACAAGGUCAGAGGGAUAGAGAAAUAAAUUUAGAGCAACCAAAAAAAUGCUGACCUGGCUGUGGAAAUUUCUGGGGACAUCUUCACCUGGACUAUUAAGAAGAUAGCAUCAAAACCAAUAGAAAUUGAACAAAAGUUGAAUGAUUGGUCAAGAUAAAUGGUACUCGUACUUGUUCCCCAACGCUGUGAGGGUAGGGGAGAGUCAUAGAUCAUGAAUAAGAAAAUCUCAAAUCAGCAAUGCCCUGGGAUUUCUAGAACAUAGGAAUAUCCAUUGUAAUUUGGACAUGGAACCAAAGUUAUUUGGGGGGGCUUCUUCAGAGGAAGAUGAGCUGAAACCCAGCUAACUUGAAAUAAAUUGAUCAUGUUUGGCUUUGAUCUAGUUUCUUUGGAGGGAUUCCUCUGGAUUGGAAAAAGACUGGCUGUUUUCAUAAUAUAUCCCUAGGUAUCAUGCUGAAAUUAUACUAUCUAGAAUGAAGACUUGCUGACCUGACUAAAAUAAAGAUUUGUGGAAAAGUCA